AUCAUGAUGACUUAAUAUUUCCCAAUCCUGAAUUCUGGUAACUUUUUUCCUGAAGGGAUUUGAUCCCUUAAUUGAAGUAUCCAUCCAGCAUCAAUUGAUUCCCCUGGUGACGUGGUGUCGAAAAGAAAUCAAGAUUCGCCGUUUAGUGAUAUUUUAGUACUUUCACUUCUGUGAAAGAAAAAUCCGGGUUGUGCCCUGAAAAUCUGCAUGCAAUGGCCAAGGGUGAUGCUGAAGAUCCAUUACUAGAACAGCCCUCGGAUUCGUCACAUCUUCCAAGUACUCGACAAAAUGCCUUAACGAAAAGAAGGUACCGCCGGAGCAAGACUGUUCCCGAGAAAAUCUGUUAUCCGGAGCAGAACUCUCCCGCGUCACUCCAGCACCGCGAAUCGAUUUUCGAAAAUACGCUCGAUUUCAAGCUAGUGCUCCUGCUCUUGUCUGCGUAUGUAGGUGUGGGAGCCCUUUGCUUCUUUCUCGUCAGGUACCAAAUGAAGGGCAUCAAGACAAACGGAGUAAUCGACGCCGUUUAUUUCUGCAUCGUCACUAUGACAACUGUCGGGUAUGGAGACCUCGUACCCGACAGCACGGCGGCAAAAUCUCUUGCGUGCGUUUUCGUGUUCAUAGGCAUGGCUCUCGUCGGGCUUCUCCUGAGCAAAGCGGCAGAUACUAUAGUUGAAAAUCAAGAAAUCCUAUUGGUUAAGGCCAUGCACAUGCGCGAGAAGUGUAGCCCCGUUGAUAUACUUAGAGAAGCGGAGACGAAUAGGGUUAAGUACAAGUUUUUCACUGUCCUCGUUGCGCUUGUGAUGCUCGUAAUUGUUGGAACGGUUUUCUUGUAUUGGAAAGAGGGAUUGGAGUUUUUUGAUGCCUUCUACUGCGUUUGUGCCACUAUCACUACUCUUGGCUACGGUGAUAAGAGCUUCUCGACUUCCGGGGGUCGUGUUUUUGCUGCUUUCUGGAUAUUGAUAAGCACUAUUUGUUUGGCUCAAUUCUUUUACUCCUUAGCUGAAUUGUACACCGAGAGACGAAGGAAAUCGCUGGUGAAUUGGGUUCUUACGAGGAAGUUUACCGUUUCGGAUCUCGAGGCAGCAGAUUUCGAUAAUGAUAAAGUUGUUAGGCAAGUUAAAUUACUUGUUCUUGAACCUUAAUUCCUU